GUCAGAUACGAACUAACAGGCAUUCUGUUGUUCUUGCAGUGACGCCAAUUCAGUUUGCUUGAGAGCCGAGUGAAUCUCGUGCUAGAGCAACCUAUUUCUAUCCCGGAGUUGUUGGAUAUAGCUGAGUGCGGACUAUGUGUGAUAUCAUUUCAACAUGGAAAAUAUUCCUGGAGUUCGACGUGAUAACCGGUACUGAAAAAUUCGGCAUGCCAUCCGCUUGUUUGAACGUGCUUGUCGGCGUCUGGUUGUUGGUUGCACUCCGAAUCCGCACUAGCAAGCCACAGUUUGUCCAACUGGGACUGUGCGAAAUGCAUUGUCAUUGUCCUUCAGGUGAGGCAGUGGUUGACUGCAAUCGUCAGGACCGCUUACAGGGUGUUCCUACAAACCUACCUCGAGGUGUGAACAAGCUUUACAUACAAGAAGGUAGUUUUCCUGCUCCGAGCAUCCUAACUCGAGCAAACAUGACUGGCCUGGAAAAUUUGGAACAUAUGAGCAUCAUUUAUUGUAAUUUGCAAGCGAUCGAGAGCAAGACCUUUUUGGGAAUGACUAAGUUGAAGCAUUUGGAUUUGUCACGGAAUGCCUUAAGACAACUGGACACAUACACCUUCUUCGGACUUCAACUGAUCAACCUUUACUUACAAGAACAGCAUAACCUUACAGCUAGUCAUGGUCUUCAGAUUUCAGACGACGCAUUUGAUGGGCUAACGGCAGAUCAAAUCAAUCUUAGAGGAAAUAACUUAUAUUUUGUUCGUUACAGUAUGUUCUCCAAAGUGAACAAUCUGCAUAGACUCAUUCUGUCAGACAACCGUAUUACCCAUUUGGACGAAGGAUUUUCCAAGCAUUUCAACGGCCAAACUUAUUUGCUUGAUUUGACUGCCAACCCAUUGGAGUGUGUAUGCAACCUAGCAUGGAUUGCUGCUUUGAGCGAGGAGUGGGCCAACAGUUUGCCUGGACUAAACAUGACUUGUGUGUACCGCCAUAGUUCUAGUGGCGCGAAAACCCUGUUGGAGCUACGUCGUCUGAGCGUAGAUCACCUAUGUCCGAGUUCCAGAAUACAACAUAUCGAGGUAAGCGUCACCGACGCUGCAAGUCGUGUGAUACUGGACUGCACUGCGGUCGCCAUUCCGCGCACACUACAUUCCAGCGUUGUAAAACCGGGCCGAUUAGCUACUGCGACGCUGCUCAGCAAUACACCUCCAGAGGUUGCUUGGCAGUAUGUCGAGAGUGGUCAUCUCAGAGAGAUUAGGCGUCUGCCAAGUGAAGCACAACCCACUCUUGACCCUUCCACUGAAAAUCAAACCUUCCCGUCUUCCACCGUACGACUUAAUGUAACGUUGAGUAAUGAGGCACGUCAGUAUAAGUGUACGACACGGAACACUGUCCAAGAUCCCCAAGAAGUGGUCGUUACAGUUCGGGGACCACUUCCAAGAUCAUCUACGCAUGAAGAAGAUGCCGCCGAAUUUCGGGAUACUACAGCACCGAUCAAAUCAGAGUUCAUAUUUCAGGGCAAAUCACCCAUCUCUGUACCUCCGAAGCCAAAGGGGUCAAGUAUGAGAGAAGAUUUGUUGUUCACAGAACCACAUUAUCUACUUCAGCCUCAAUUUUCCCUUGUACAAAUGGCUCUUGCUGUCGGAGGCACAUUUUUGGCUACACUCAUUCUUCUGUUCAUCGGUGCUCGAUGUCUAAGCGCUUUGCGCCCACAUACCAUAUUCCGUCUGUCAUCUAGUGCCAGUUCCAUCAAUGCUACUGACGCUAAAGUUGUCUACCAGCCAGGCACAAUGUCGCGUGCAGAAAUCAUGAGAACAGAAAAAACGCAAUGCUCUUCAACACAAAAUGGGUCAGAUUUGGCGUAUAAAGACAAUGGGCAGACGUCAGCGCAGCAUCCAUAUCCACAAUUAAUUUUCACUGGAAUUGAUUCCCGCAACGCGAUAUCCCCUCAAUUUACUCACCUUUCCAACCUCCCCAAUCAUUAUUUACAAUCUUCUGUUCAUCCUUCUGCUCAGACUUCAUCCAGUUCCGGUACGGAUGAAAUCCCCUCCAGCCUAGCUCACCUGGUAUCAACCCCUUUAAUUCGUCCAAGCACAUCACUGCAUCCAAUGAUUCAUUCAGACGUCACUGUGUCCCCUUGCUUAACAAACUUGCGACCUGUUCAUACUCAGCUGGCUUACUGGCCGGUUUCCGCUACAGCAACAGCCCCACCCGGAUCACCGUAUUCCAUCGCUGGCAGUCAUGAGUAUGAUGUGCCCCGAGUGAUGGACCUACCAUCGUGGACCAACGCCGUCGGUACGUUGAGCCGAUCAAACCUAAUCAACGCAAGCGAUGUUGGUUGUGACUUUCGCUCUAACAAAGGUGUCACACUGCUAUAA